UAAAGAACUUUGGUUCUCUGAUGGCAUUGUAAAGGGCUAAACAUGUUCAUUUCGUUUCUUCACUUUCUCUCCUUUCUUUUUAUUGUCAUAUGACGUUUUCUUUCUCUGCUAUACAGCAAAAAAGCCAGAUAUUUCUGUAAAUUUGCAACAGUUUGACAUUGUCUGUGUUGAAGUUUACAUAUUUAAUAAACGUUUGAGUGUUUUUACCAAUAAAAAUUUGAACUUUUUUCUUAAAUGACAUUAAUCUUGUUGUGGUCAUCAUAUUUGUGUUGAUGUGUUUUUCUUCUUCUUUUUGCCUUUUAUCUUCAGGGGUUGCCACGGCAAAUCAGCUUCCUCCAUCCAACCCUGUCUUCUGCAUCCUCUACUCUAACACCAGCAAUACCUUCAUUUCUUUGUUCACCACAUCCAUAAACCGCUUACCGUAAACAGCUAUAGUCUUGGCCUCUUUCUACCAAUAUAUUCAGCAUUGAACCUGGUUAUAUCCCAACCCUCUCAGUCUGGCCUCUCUGACAUUAUGACUUUAUUUAUCUUAAUGCCAUCAGAGUUCACAUUUCAAUGUAAAAAACAUUUGCCAUUCUGGGGAAAAUUAAUUUUUAAAAUUACUUUUAAACAAUGGAGAUAGGGAUUUAUUUGGAUUCACAACUUUAAAGUAGAGCCGUUUUAUAUGAGCAGCCUUCAGGGCACAGCAGACUUGUUUUGUGUUCAGUGUAUCUUUUUCUUUUUUCCUCCCUUUUGUUUCUGAACAUCUGAUUAUAUAUUCUGUCAUUUCCAUUUGCUAUGGUAUUGCUCUGCAUUUAAUUAAUAAGUGGUACCUUUGUUUUGUUCUUGACUUACUUCUGCCCCGUGUUGAAGCUGUGUCUUAUUAUUACUCUUUUAUUACCAUCUAAAUUGUAAUAGUACAAGCAUAUGUCACUUAAUAUAUUUUCCCUGUUUUACUUUAGUUUUUAUUUAUUUGUAAAACCCUUUCCCGUUUAUAUCACCUUUUCUUUUUCUUGUCUUUAAUUUUGGGGGCCGCUCUGUUGGGACUUUUUUUGCGCGUGCGGCUGCUCCUCACGGUCGAGUAUUUACGGUACUGGGCAUGCGCAGCUUUGUCUCGCAUCAGAAGCAGCACUUAAAGAGGCGAGGAGCAAAACAGUGGAAGCAGACAGGCUGGGAAAGAGAAAGCCCAAGUUAGCCGCGUUGCUGUUAUCGACGCGUUGUUCAACUGCUAAGCUGUAGUUUGAAACCCAAACCCAAAGGGCGCCUUCACUCCAAACUCAACAAAGUCCACUUCCUUUUCUCCCUUAAGAUGGUGGAAAUCGCGUGAGACACGGUGCCCGUCGGCGUCCGAACCCAGCAAGGAGGACGAUGGAGGAGUCCGUGACCACGUUUGAGACGCACCUAACGGCCGUCAUGGACAGCCUGAUCCGAGCCUCCGUCUGCGAGAUCAGCAAACUCUUCCAGGAGACGGUGAGCGGCUACCUGGCGGAGCUGGCGCUCAACCGGAAGGAGAACGAGGCUCUCAGACUGCGGCUGAAGCUCACCGAGAACAAGCUGAGGACGGAGCGCAAGUACGGGAUGGGCUGGGCGGCCAGCCGCCGCAAGGCUGGACUGACGGCGGCGGAGGAGGCAGGGGGGAGGCUCCGGCGCAGAGGGGACACAGCCGGAGGCAAGUCGAAAAGGAGCCCAGCAGCAACCUAUAGCAAAGGCUGGCCUGGAGUUUAUUGAAACACAGAGCUAUCAGCCGGCCUCCCUGCAGUUCAUCAAGGAGGCUUUGAAGAUGGGUCUGCCCAACCAGAACCUCUGCACCGGCCCCAAAGUCCAGACUGAAGAGCUGUCGAAUCAGCCUUCAACUCUUCAUUCAAGACAAAAAGAGGACGAUGAGUGGGGAGGGGGCUCUGCAGAGCUCUCAGGAAACGGCAUGACUAUGGAUGAGCUGCGGGGACUGGAGUCGGCAUUGAAAGUGGAGAGAGGGCACGAACAGGCUGCGGUGACGGCUUUGCAGCGCGACUCCGAGAUGGUGCGAGCCAGUGGGAUCGGCUUGGCGCCAAAGUACAUCGGCCUUGAUGGUCUGGAGCAAGAAGGAGAGCUGGAGUCACAGCCUCCCACUCUGCAGAAGGAGGACCAGACGAGGCAAGCCAAAGGGAAGGAUGGAGUGAGGGCAUGUGGGACUGAUGAAGGAAAGCCGAAGUCAGGCUGGUCAAAGAAACUUGCAGAGGGCGACUCAGCUGCAGCUACACCUAAAGAGGAGACUGUGGAGCAGGCGGAGCUAGAGAAAGUGCCGCACCUGUCCACCCCAAAUAGUGUUGCUGAGAGUGUAGAAGAAGAAGAAGACGGAAGUGGGGACCUCCUCCACUUCUGCCCACAGUGCGGAGGAGGGUUCACUUCACAGGGAGAGCUGGAGGAGCACCCUUGUCCACUAGGUGACGCUCAUUUACAGAGCAGCGGAGGAGAGGACAGUCUUUUCCCAUGCGCCCACUGCGGCAACACAUUCAGCCACGCCUGGGCGCUGAAGAACCACGAGUGCGCCUGCGUGGCCGAGCGGCCGCACUGCUGCGAGAUCUGCGGCAAACGCUUCACACACUCGCGCUCGCUGGAGCGCCACCAUCUGGUGCACACAGGCGAGAGGCCGCACCGCUGCCAGCAGUGCGGACGCAGCUUCAGUCGCCUUGGCAACCUGGAGCGGCAUCAGCGCAUCCACACGGGGGAGCGGCCGUACGGCUGCGAGGUGUGCGGCAAGCGCUUCAGCCGCGUGGAGUAUUUAAAGAGACACCAGCUCAUACACACCAACGAAAAGACAACAAUGCACUGCUCCAACUGUGGGAGGGGCUUCAGCGACGUGGAACAGCUCAAAAAACACCAAUGCUUCUAGAGUUGUAGAGCCUCCAACACAAGCCAGAUGAUUGACAGAGUGCAGCUGAGGAGUGUGUCAUUCUGGAGGGGGGGGGGGGAUUUUUAAUGCAAACAAAUGUUUAGAUAUAUAGUACAAAUGUAAAACCUCAGCAAUUUGUAUGUUCAGCCUGGAUUUAUUUAUUAUUAUCAUCACAAAUACUUGUUUUUAUAUCAUUUUAUCAAAAGUAAACUCCUGUGAAGGUCUUGUUUUCCUGACUAAAGUGACAUUUUUGUAUGUUUUUGUUGUCACACUGUUGGAAAAAAUUAAAAUCAAGCUAUCACAAAAUAUA